GGGCGAAGCAGAUCUUUUUCUUGUUAGGUGAGGGUUGCGGUUGUUGUAGGUAGAAUGGACGGCCCGGUUGAAAAUGCUGAUGAAUCGGAAUGGAGAGGGAGGUCAACGGGAUGGGUGAGCUUCGAAGCUGGCCCGGGGCGUACCUACGUAGGUACCUAUGUAUCGAUGGCUUCAGGGGUACCUCUGCGCGAGGCUGCCCCAAGUACCGAACAGGGCUGGCGCUGCCGGUAGGUACCAGGAGAUGCGCUCACCCUUGCGUACCCUGCCUCGCUAUGGAAGAUUCACCUCGCCCAGGCAGGCGUUGUCGCGUAAUCCGCCUCGCCCCUUCUCAUUAUUACUUGCCAUUUCCUCGUUGUCAUUGCGAGCAUUUAGAAUACUCCCUUUAAUCCAUAUUGUCGCCCCACAGACUUCACCUAUGCCCAUAUCACGUUUAGCCGCAUACCAACAUUCGAGGCAGUCCGACCCGUCUAACGAUUCUAUUCUUUUACCGUCAUCUAUUCAGCUUCGUCCUCACUUUUUGGCCUUUUCUCUAAGCGCGAGUUCCCGACUCGGACCUCGACAUCCGCCUUCUGAUGUGUCGAAUGAGAGAGUUUACCUAGCAAUGACUCUCCGGCUCUACGAAUCUAGUCCCUAGACUACUGUAUAAUCUACAAGCGCGAACCCCGUCACGCUGGCUGGAUUUCUCUGGUCUCGAAGGCCGGCUGCUCCGACGGACGCCACCGAUGUGACGAGUCCCUCUCCGAGACGUGCCUCCAGCGUUACCAUGACCGAGCCCUCGGCUCACCCCCAUCUGGCGCCGCAGUUCUGCUUCUCAACUGUAGCCCUUAGAGGUGCGACCUUCCCGCUGGCAAUCGGCGUCUGAGCGCUCGCGCUUACGUUUGGCAAAGAU